GGAAUACGGAUGGUUGUUCGCUAUGUAGAAUACGUCUCUGAGGACGAUGUGCUCGCGGACAUCGCCAUCAAGAGCUCUACGUCGGCCAGUUUGAGAACAUCCAACGCCAUUCUUUUGACGGCUUUGCUUCUGGCAUCAUACAUACUGAAUAUUAUUUUGCUAACAACCAUCUACACAAACAAAAAAUUUCGAGCAUCACUGAUCUACAUAAUAUUCGCACAUAUCUCGCUAGUUAAUCUGGUAGACCUGUCGUUCUCAGUGUUGAUCUCCAUGCUUUUUGUUGCCAAUGGGAAUUGGUUGUUUGGCGAUGAAUGGUGCAAGAUAAGUACGGCAGCGCAAGAGUUUUGUCAUCUAUACACGAUGCUUUUAUUGAUGCUAGCCGCAGUGGAGAGAGCUGUCGGGUUGUCUUUCGAACCUCGGGUAUUUAUCAACCAAAGGGUUUACGAGCAACCUCCAUUCUUCACCCUUAAAAGAAUCCUUGUUUUCGCUCUGCUUCUGGCUAUAGUCAGCCUCGCAGUGAGUAUACCGUCCGCCACCGGGCUGCUUCCUGUAAAGCCGUUCCGAAAUCGAUAUGUCUGCUCUGUCAGCAGCGGAGCUCCUCUUGGGUACACGUUGACGCGAGCGGUGCUGUAUAUAGGUUGUUUGUGUGUCCUCCUCGUAUGCCUAUCGGCAAUCUUCAAGAAACGGGUGGGCAUCAGCAUACCGCAGCAGACAAGCGACUACUCCGAGUUUAUCAACAGAAAUCGAGCUAAGCAAGAGUUCCUCAGCAGAGCAAAAUUGGUCGUUUUUCUUGUAUGCAUCUUCAUAUUGGUGGCAGGACCAUAUAUAUCACUCACUUUCACCUUUGAGAUUUGUAACAGCUUGGAGCUCGGUUCUGGAAAUGGACCAUUGCUCGACAUACCUCAGGAUGCAGAUACACUAAUUACAUGGCUGAUGUUCUUGUUUCCUCUGCUCUCACCGAUAGCGAUCUUAUGCUGGUGUACAGAUGUAUGGCUUUACACAAAGGAGCUGUUUUGUUGCCGUUCUGACAACCCUGGAUCUGUCGGAUACUUUGCCAAUGGGUAUAAUAAAGGAAUGCCUGCAAUGCCACCGGUAAUGACACUCGUAGCCACACCGCAAGGCCUUCAACUAAGGCUACCAAAACCGCUUCCCAAUAAUUCACAGGACGUAAGACAAAAUAACAUGCUUACCGUACCCGAACGAGACCCGCCAUUGCAGGAUAAACCUUCGCCAAGCCGAGAUAACAGUCAAGAACCUAAUGCUGACAACAAGCCGGAACAAGCUGCUACUUCCUCCAAAGAAAACAGCAAACCUGCUGUGAAAAAGAAGAGCCAAAGCAAAAUAAAGUCACCGACCCCUAUAGGUCAGCUGAAGUCAACAACACCUCGGCGUAAUGGUGGCAAAGUCAAAAAGAGGACAAAUACAAGACGUCCACGUUGA